CAAAAUUAGUUUAGGAGGAAGGCAAAUCUUCAAUCAAUAACUGUUUUUAACUUACUUUCUCAAAUUUGGUUUGGAUAGGAUUCGAAGUUAUGUCGCAAGGAAUAUUAUAGGUGAAAUAUAGUCUUUAAUCUUAUCUGUAUCCGAAGCUGACUGGCCAUGGUCCUCUGCGACAGCGAAUAGCCUAACGGUUUCUGAGGCUCGACUGGCUCAUUCUUCAAGCAAAAGCGGUUUGCCAUCUGCAAAGCCCUUAUAACUGCGCUGCAUCACAUAGGUUAUAACCAGACUGCAUCAGGCACCAUAUUUUGCAGCUGGGGAGUAAACCUAUUGUACGAAUGAUGCACCAGCACCUGUUGAACCCUGAAAUGAAGAUGGACAAAGGAAAAUAGAAUUGUGUCGUCGGUGAUCCCCAGUUUCCUUACAUGUCAUCAUCCACCCGCCCUGUUGCUGCAUGGGAAAUGCAUUUAAUUUAUAUUUCCCUCUGAUCAAAUGAAAAGGGAUAAGAGACCCGAGGAGAUAGCAGACGUGACAAUCCAGAGGUCUUAUUACAUGUAGUAGGCCUAGUCCAAGAGACUGAAGGACUGAAAGGGAUCAUUAAGGGGCGAUUGCAAUCAAACCUAUUGACUCUUAUAUUGCCUCUUAUUGCAAUAUACUGGACUUGUCUGAUUUAACUAGAAUAUUAACAAAAAUGCAUAGAUCACAAACCCGUGCGUUGCGAUAAUGGACAACAGUGCCCAGUGCGUCCCAGACUUGCGCCUACUCAGUGCUGAUGCUGACACACCACCUGCCUGUCACGAGAAAGAGCAGGUGGACAAAAUGUCUUUGCUGAUGCAGGACUUCACUGGAAAUAUACCCGAGAUAAAAGAUCCAGACGAGAAUCAAAACUUUGGGUACCAGUGUAUUACGGAGACUAAUGGACCACUUGUUGAAAUGGACAAUGUCGUGAUGGGUCUUAGAUUUUAUAAUGGUAGCCAACCAAGGAAUGACUCAGUAAAUGCAAAUGUUGAUCAAAAGCAUGGUUCAUUAAUACAUUGUAAUUCCCCACAAACCAACAAAGAGCAGCACUGUUCCAUAGAGCGCGAUGCGGUAGAGGAGAAUUACCGCGCACAGGCUGACGUGGCGCACAGCCUGGGAUAUUCCCUCUGCUGCCUGGAUGACGAAACGCAAGCACAGAGCACCCCUCUCGUGUGUGAAGUCAGUGGAGGAGCUGUGAAAUAUCACUGUCUGAUUGAUAAAGCGAGUUCCCAGGUGGGGCAUAGGGAGGGGAGCUCUGCGCCUGUCACCUAUUGUAUCACUGCAGAAGCACUGCAAGUACAUCAGCGCGGACAGCCAGGCAGUGCGGGACAGACGGCUGUGUGGAGAGAAAGCGACGCAGACGCUACACAGGGAAACCCAGCACUGCAGUCGAGGCAGGAAGGAUGGGGAUGUGGAAACAGAGUCUUUGCUUCUAAAGAGGAGACGGAUUUAGUGAUUGAAGUGUCUGGAAAGAAACUUGAAGCGCAUAAAGCCGUUUUGGCUGAGAAAAGUGACUAUUUCAAGGCGCGGCAGUCCCGAGACGUAUUGCGAGUGAAGGGGGUGAGUUUUAAGACUUUGACCAUUUUGGUGGAUUACAUUUACUCAUGCCGAAUGGAGGUUAGUAAGGAUAAUAUUGUAGAGGUCAUCACCGGAGCUAAAAUAUUACAAAUCCCCUGCGCGGUUCAAGCUGCUGUCGAUACAAUGUCGGAGCAGAUUACCGCGGAGAACUGCUAUGAGAUUUUGACAAUAGCCAAAAGGCAACGUCUCAGCGAGUUGAAGGAGAAAGCCUACAAGUACAUGAGUGACAAUUUCUUGCAAAUACUGCGGGAUCCCGAUGUCUAUGGGCGUUUGACCGGAGGGGAGAGAGAACUCAUUCUCACCAGGAGAAUGGAGGGAAAGAGGGUGUUGAUGGUGGCUGAAAUCAACGAGGUGUAUGACUGCGUCGGGAGCAGACCUCCAAGUCGUGAGAACAGUCGCCCUCAGAGCCCUCUAUCCAUGGUGUCCCUGAAGGAGAAUCGUAUGAUCUACUAUUACAACAAGGAGACAAAGGACUGGAAAGUGCUGACGAAGAUGCCAGAUGAAAUCAACACAAAGGGCUCUGGGAUAUGCACCAUGUACAAUUACCUAUUCGUGGCAGGUGGAAUCAAAAGGCAGGACGACAAAGGCAAGGUCUCGGACAAAGUGUUCUGCUACAACCCUCUCACUGACAGCUGGAGCGAAAUUCGACCGCUCACCGAGGGUCGGUCUCAGCUCAAGCUGGUGUCUAUGGACGGCUACCUGUUUGCAAUUGGAGGGGAAUGUCUCUUCACGGUGGAGAAAUAUGACCCUCGCAUGGAUAGGUGGCGCCCCGUGGCUCCACUACCAAAAGGAGCGUUUGCUAUUGCGCACGAGGCAACAACCUGUAAUGGAGAGAUGUUCGUGUCCGGAGGCUCUCUAUUUUAUCGUCUGCUAAGAUAUGACACUAGAAGAGACGACUGGGAGGAAUGCCCGUUCAAUAACAGCAGAAAGAAAUCCACGGACAUGGUGGCAUUCAAAAACUUCAUCUACAGGUUUGACGUCAACCGUGACUACGGCGUCAACGUGUUCAAAUACAACACUGUGGUAAAAAUAUGGCACAACAGUGCAUCCCUGGAGCAGACCAACCCCUUGCCCUUUCGCUGUGCUGUCAUUGGCAACACCAUUUACUGUGUGAACAAGGCCCAAACAUUGCAGUUUGUUGUGGAAGAGGAGAAUGAACAGUUUUUGCCUGAGGCACAGGCACUCAAAGCACCUAUAGAGGCUAAAGGUGCCCUUGUCCCAUUUGUCCUGGCUCUGCCAAAGACAGCCUGAGACAAAUGCACCACUUCUUUGGAGACUCACUAAAAGUGGCCUCAGAAUUGUCAUAUGAGGACAAAAUAUGUUGUGUUUGAUACAAUACCCACUGGGCACACCACAUAAUUUCAACAUGGAUAAUUGGGUAAUAUUUGGUUGAGAAGUUGAGAUUACAACCUAUAUUCACCCGCUGAAAAAGUCCAAUGUGUUAUCACUCACUAUGCUUUCAACCAUCUAAAAGCACAACCAAAUUCCAAUGGAAAUGUUUUUUCUGAUUUUUGGUUUAGUUGCCAUCCAAAUGGCUAUCACUGCGCUUUGAACCAUUUAAAAGCACAGCAAAGUUAAAAUGGGAAUGCAAUGUCAGAUAUUUUGUUUAUUUAUACAACAGAUUAAUGUAUUAUCACUGUGCUUAAUCUAAUAGCAGAACAAAAGCUGGAUUGCAGUUGAAAUUACAUUAAAAGUACAUGGUGCAAGUGAUCAAUGUCGUUUGAGAUUCUGCACAGAUUAUUAUAGCAAUUGUGAAGCUCUCCACAGAUCUGCAACGACCUAUGCAUGCUAUCUUGAACAUGCACGGUCUAUAUAAUUACAUAGGAAUACAUUUAUAGUUACAGAAACAUCCAAAUGUGGCCAUGGAUGUUUUACUCAUUUUAAGGUUGAAUGUUACAUUGGUUUGUAAAAUAGCCUUAACUUUAGGCU